GUGAAUACACAUUGUAAACCGAUUGCAAGGAUGUUGUAAACAAUCUUUGAGUUCAGAUAUUGUUAUUUACACGGAUUAAAAUGGAUAUAUCAUAAAACAUGCGUGUCUAUGUUUUUAAAAAAUGAAGGCAUUCAUUGCUUUCCCAUUUAUUUGGACUUUUAUAUUGGGACUAAAGAUUCCUGAACCAGAAACCAAAAGCUCCUGUACAUGUCCUGAUCAUUUCUUCUCCUGUGGAAACUGUAUAUGUAUUCCAAAGAAAUGGGUCUGUGAUGGAGACAAUGAUUGCUCCAAUAACCAGGAUGAAAAACAUUGUGAUCAAACAUGCCUUCCAAACCACUUCACAUGUAACAACCAGCGAUGUGUAAAAAUAGAAUGGCUUUGUGAUGGAGAUAAUGACUGUGGGGAUGACAGUGAUGAACUCAGUUGUCCCUCAAAGAACUGCAGUACUGAUCAGUUCCCGUGCAGUGAUGGAAGUUGUAUACCCAAACAUUGGAAAUGUGACCAUGACCCUGACUGUACUCAUGGAGAAGAUGAAAGGAACUGUGCUGUGACAUGUAAUGAACACCAGUUUAAAUGUCAAGACAAGUCUAGCUGUAUACCUAAAGAAUGGAGGUGUAACUCUAUACUGGACUGUUCUGAUGGUAGUGAUGAAGAUAAUUGUAAUGAACAGCAAGCCUUCUGUAGUAAACAUGAAUUUACCUGUCUACAAACUUCUACAUGUGUUCCACUGAAGAUGAGAUGUGAUGGUAAAAACGAUUGUAAGUCUGGUGAAGAUGAAUUACUUUGUGAAGUGUCAGAUAAAUCUGACUGCUCAGCAGAUGAGUAUGUAUGUGGUGAUGGGUCCUGCAUAGCUAUGGACUGGGUCUGUGAUGGAGUUACUGACUGUGCAAACCUGAUGGAUGAACAGAAUUGUACUUUUUUGUCCUGUAAUCCUAACCAGUUCAGAUGUGACAAUGAUCAUUGUAUCAGCAGAUCUAAAAGAUGUGAUGGAGUUGAUGAUUGUUCUGAUGACAGUGAUGAAAAGGGGUGUGAAACCAUGAAUGGAGAGAUACAGUGCAGUCCAGGACAGUUUAGUUGUGGCAAUGAGAAAUGUAUCUCCUUAGAAAAGAAAUGUAAUACAUUUGAUGACUGCGGGGAUUCUUCUGAUGAACUGAACUGUGGCGAGGAGGUUCUGAUUUAUGCCCAAGGACAGUACUUAAGGAAGAUAGCACUGAGCAUGCCUAACUAUCCUGAUGUUAAAAUACCACUGAAAGGUGUGAAGAAGAUCAUAGCUAUUGAUUACAACCCAAUAAGUAACAUGAUCUACUGGAGUGACCAGGAUCUCAACACUAUAAGUGCAGCUUAUCUGGAUGGUUCAGGUCAGAAAAUAAUAUCGAGCAAAGUGAAAUCAUCUGAUGGUAUAGCAGUGGAUUGGAUCAACAAAGUGCUAUUCUGGACAGAUACAGGCUCAGAUAAGAUAGAACAGGCAAAUCUUAAUGGUACUGAACAAAUUACUAUCCUGUCUAAAGAUCUUGAUGAACCAAGGGAUAUUGCAGUAGACCCAGUCGAAAAAUUUAUAUAUUGGUCUGACUGGGGUCAACAACCUAAAAUAGAGAGGUCAAGAUAUAAUGGAACAGACAGACAAACUCUUAUUGACAGUGAGAUCCAAUGGCCUAAUGGACUAGCAUUAGAUUUGGCAGACAGGAAGAUUUAUUGGGGAGAUGCUAAGAAACAGAGAAUUGAAAGAGCUAACUUGGAUAGUUCAAACAGAGAGGUUGUAAUAUCAACUGACAUACCUCAUUUGUUUGGGCUGAGUUUGCUUGGUAACCAUAUUUACUGGUCAGACUGGAAGGACACAUCUUUAAAUAGAUGUGAUAAAAGGACUGGAAAGAACAAAGUCACCAUACUGAAACAUCAUAGCAGGAAUCUAGGCAUGUUCAUGGACGUCAAGGCUAUCAAGGUCAAACUUAUAAAAGGAGACAGAAAUAAAUACUGUGGAUUUGAUGAGUUCCAUUGUGAGAAUGAUCUUUGUAUCGGGAACAAGAAACGAUGUAAUGGAAAGAAUGACUGUGGGGAUAAUUCAGACGAGAUAGACUGUGAUUUACCAGCAACUUGUGACAAGGAAAAUGGAGGUUGUCAGCAGACGUGUCGUAUAUUUGGCCAGCAGGCAAGAUGUGACUGUUUCCCAGGCUAUUAUCUACUGUCAGACAUGAGAAACUGUAAAGACAUAAAUGAAUGCAACUUUGAAGGCACAUGUAGUCAGAAGUGUACAAAUGUGCCAGGAACAUAUAAAUGUUAUUGUGUAGAUGGAUACACAUUAAAGCCUGAUGGCAGGGGCUGUAAAGCUGAUGGUGGGAAAGCCUAUUUGAUCUUUGCCAACCGUGUUGACAUCAGAAGAGUCCUACCAGAUAAGUCAGAGUAUGAUUCUAUACUCCAAGGUUUACAGAAUGCCAUAGCGUUAGACUUCCAUAUAGAUAAGAAUUAUGUGUUCUGGUCUGAUGUGGCUCUAGAUAAGAUUAAGAGAGCUUACAUUAAUGGUAGUGAGAUUAAAGAAGUUGUACAGUAUGGCUUAGAAAGUCCUGGAGGCCUAGCUGUAGAUUGGGUACAUGAUCUGUUGUUUUGGACUGAUGCUGGAACAUCUACAAUAGAAGUGACAGAUUUAGAUGGAGUCUAUCGUAAAGUGUUGAUAUGGGAGAACUUAGAGAAACCAAGGGCACUUGUAGCUCAUCCUGGAAAUAGAUCAAUAUUUUGGACAGAUUGGGGAACUACACCUAAGAUAGAGAGUAGCUGUAUGGAUGGUAGUUAUAGGAAUGUUAUUGCUAACACAUCACUGUUCUGGCCUAAUGGUCUAACUAUAGAUUAUACCACAGACAAACUGUACUGGGCUGAUGCUAAACAUCAUGUCAUAGAAUGUGCUGAUUUAGAUGGUUCUAAUAGGAGAACCGUUCUAAAUAAAGGAUUGCCACAUCCUUUUGCCUUGACCUUGUUUGAAGAUGAACUUUAUUGGACAGACUGGAAUACAAAGAGUAUAAACAAAGCCAACAAGUUUACUGGGAAUGAUGUAGAGACUGUACAUAACAGGCUUCAUUAUCCCAUGGAUAUACAUACGUUCCAUCCGCAGAGGCAGCCAACAAUGAAGAAUGUCUGUGGUAAAAACAAUGGAGGAUGCAGCCAUUUUUGUUUGCCAAAUUGGCAUGGUUACAGCUGUGCUUGUCUAACAGGACAACAUCUGAAGAAGGAUAACAAAACAUGUGUUGAGAGUAUGAAUCGUUUUGUGGUGUUUUCAACCAUGUCCGAUCUGAGACGUAUCAGUGUAGAUACACCUGACAGAACAGAUGUGGUUCUUCCCCUUAAUAAAGUGCUGAGUGCUGUGGGGAUUGAUUUUGAUGCAAAGAAUGAUAUGAUAUAUUGGACUGAUACAGACCUGAAUGUCAUCAAAAGAGCACAUUGGAAUGGCAGUCAUGAGAAGGUUGUCAUUGGAAACCAGGUGGAGUCUCCAGUAGGUGUGGCUAUAGACUGGAUUGGUCGUAAGAUUUAUUGGACAGACCAGGAUACAGAUUUUAUAGAAGUAGCCAAUCUGAAUGGUAGUAUGAGGAGUAUCCUGAUCUCUACAAGUCUAGAUAAACCUAGAGACAUCAUUGUAGAUCCUUUGGAAGGGUUUAUGUACUGGAGUGAUUGGGGAAGCAGACCUAAGAUAGAAAGAGCAGGAAUGGAUGGGAAUAGAAGACAGGUUCUAAUCAGUAACAAUAUCACAUGGCCCAAUGGUCUAGCCCUGGACAAAAAACUUAAACGUCUUUAUUGGACAGACGGAGGAAGGAGUGUUAUAGAAUCUGUCAAUUUGGAUGGUACAGACAGACAGAUUAUAAUAUCUGUGAAUGUUCCUCGACCAUUUGGCAUUGCUUUGUUUGAAAAUACGAUCUACUGGACGGACAAGUUAAACAAGGGAGUUUACUCUGCAAACAAGUAUAAUGGAUCAGGACGUGAAGUAAUCGCCUCACAGCUUGAUAAUGUGAUGGACAUCAAAAUGUUUUAUAAACCACAACCAAGGGGUAAGAAUCCAUGUGCUAAUGACAAUGGUGGCUGUAGUCAUUUAUGUUUGAUAUCAACAACAGGAUACACAUGUGUCUGUCCUACAGGGAUACUAAUGUCACCAGAUGGGAAGACUUGUAAUAAAGAUAUGAGUAAUUUUAUUGUGUUUGCCAGGAGAACAGAUAUCAGAAAGAUAUCAUUAGAUGUUAAUUAUAUCGCUGAUGUAGUGAUACCUCUCGGUGAAAUCAGAAAUGCUAUUGCUAUAGGUGUAGAUAGAGUUGCAGGGAAGCUAUAUUGGACAGAUACAAUUCUAGAUGUGAUAAUGAAAGCUAAUUUAGAUGGAUCUCAGGUGGAGCAAUUUAUAAAACAUGGACUGGACACACCGGAUGGACUGGCAGUAGAUGAGAUUGGUCGGAAGAUUUACUGGACAGAUACUGGAUUAAACCGCAUUGAAGUGGCUGACUUGGUUACUGGGAUGAGAAAAGUGUUGAUUUGGGAUAACCUAGAUAAACCUAGAGAUUUAACUUUGUAUUAUGAGAAGGGGUACAUGUAUUGGACAGAUUGGGGUAAACUACCUAAGAUUCAGAGGGCUGAUAUGGAUGGUAGUAAUAGGACAGUAUUAGUUGACAAAAACCUAGGCUGGCCUAACGGAAUUGUCAUUGACAAGCAAUCCCAGAGAAUUGUAUGGGCUGAUGCUAAAAUGGAAGUGAUAGAGUCAUCAGAUUUAAAUGGUGGUAAUCGUCGUGUCAUCAUCUCUAAUGUCAAUCAUCCCUAUGGACUGACCAUUACUGAGAGACAUAUAUACUGGACAGACUGGCAGAAAAUGGCAAUAUUUAAAGCAGACAAGGAUACUGGAAGUAAUUUAUUAGUCAUAAGGAGAACAUUACCUGGACUGAUGGAUCUACAGGCUGUUAUCAGGUCACCAGAUGAUGACCUUCACAAACUAGAGAACAAAUGUGAGAAUAAUGGAGGCUGCAGUCAUCUCUGUUUACCAAAUCAUAGUGGAAUCACAUGUUCAUGUCCUACUGGAUUACAGCUCAAACACAACGGAAAAACUUGCUUAACAUUGCCAAGCAAGUACCUGUUGUUUGCCAGUAGAGGCAGUUUAAGGAGAAUCUCAUUGGAUACUCCUGAUUAUACAGAUACAUUUCUUCCCAUGUCUGACCUCCAUAAUGUUAUAUCACUUGACUAUGACUACCAGAAACAGAAGAUGUACUUUACUGAUGUUCAUUUAGAUGUUGUCAGAAGAGCUAAUUUAGAUGGUACAGGUUUGCAGUCUGUAGUAUCAGAGAAUCUAGAGACAACCGAUGGACUUGCUGUAGACUGGAUUGCUAAUAAUUUGUUCUGGACAGAUACAGGUCGUGAUGUUAUAGAAGUAUCAUCCACUGAUGGGACAAACAGAAAAUCUCUGAUCACAGAAGAUUUAGAUGAACCAAGAGCUAUAGCUUUGUAUCCCCAGAAAGGAUUGUUAUAUUGGACAGACUGGGGAUCACCACCUAAAAUAGAAAAAGCAUACAUGGAUGGUAGCAAUAGGAAAAUUAUUAUCAAAACAGAUUUAGGUUUUCCCAAUGGAUUAUCAGUAGAUUUUAAGGCAAAGAGAUUAUAUUGGGUUGAUGCCAGAUUAGAUAAGAUAGAAACUUCAGAUCUGAUGGGACAGAAUCGUGUUACAUUGAUUAGUAAUGUCCCACAUCCAUUUGGUCUGACUGUGUAUGGUCCUCAUAUCUACUGGACUGACUGGCAGUCAGAGAAAAUAGAAAGAGCAGAUAAAAAUUCAGGAAAAGAUCGUGCAGUCAUACAGAGACAUCUAGAAGGAUUGAUGGACAUAGUAGUGGUGGCAAAAGAUAGACAGUCUGGAACAAACUGGUGCAGUACAGGAAAUGGUGGUUGUAGUCAUCUUUGUCUUGCCAGACCCCGGGGAAGAUCAUGUGCCUGUCCUGAUAAAACUACACAAGAACCUUGUUACACAUAUCCAGUCACAGAUUCUGGAAUGGAGAACCAGAUCCCUGGAUAUAAUGCUGCUGAUGCUGAUGAGUGCACAGAUGAAGAUGAGAAAGAUGGAAUUUGUGAGAAGCCAAAGAAUGUUCCCCAAGCAGUAACUGCUUUGGGAGGAAAAGAAACAGCCAUGAUAGCUUUGUCAGUUGGAAUUGUAGUUAUUGUAGCCUUACUGGUGUUUGUUGUCUGGAGAGUUAAAAAGAGAAGAAGACAAGCAUUCCUAACAGAAUCCGAUGAGUUUGUACGUCUGACAUUUUCUAAUCCUAAUUACCAGAAAAGUAGUACAGAAACCAUAAACUUAGAAAGAUCUUCAUCGGCUGAAUCUCAGGAAUGGAAAAUAUUUAGAUAUAGUAAAAAAGAUCAACAAGUUUCAAUUUUAAAACCAUCAAGAGAGACGAAGUCCAGGGGUUCUGAACGUGCUGCUUUAGUGCAACAAAUGGACUCUGGUGCUGUGUCUCCUUCACUACCAAGUCGAGAGAGACAAAGUAAAUUGUUUAAAGACAGAACUUCUAAUAAAGAUAAGGAUGUUAUUUCUAAAGUUCCUUAUAAACCUGUUAAAACAUGACAUUGUUAUAAAUACUUUUUUACCUUUUUUUUUUAUAAAAGUUUGAUGAGAUGUGCCAAUUUAUGAUUUUAUAAAAAUAAUUUGUACAUACUUCACUAGUAAACAAUUAUAGAAUAAUUUAAAUAAAAUUUGAUAUUAUUUAGUCAUAUCUUUUUUCAAAUUAUCUCCCUUGUUUAGGAGAUGAUCUGUUCAUGUAUUUUGUAGUAAUUUUAAUUAUGUGUAGUAAUUUUAUAACUGACUAUAAAUCAUUUUGAUUGGCAAUCUCAUCUUAUUUAUGUAUACAUUGACAUCUUUGUUGUUUUUUAUGUCCCUUUUAAAGGAUUUGCAUGUUCUUUGUUGCUAGGCGACAAUUUUUUGUUUUUUUUGUUUUUUAUUUAACUCAUGCAAUGAAUUGGUUACUUUUUAAACAGAAUUAUGUUUUUUUAAGUUGAAUCACUAUAUACAUAUAUUAAAUCAGACAGUUUGUAAAUAUGUAUUAUGCUUAUUUAAAAAUCUAUUUUCCUGUCAAGAACAGUUUUACCUUGAUUAUUUAUGCAACCUUGGAUUUUUUUUAAUUCUGUUAUUUGAAUAGUGAUAUUAUUUUUAACUUUGCUCAAAAGCCAUCUUCUAGAACCAAACUAUAUCUUUCAGCUUUGAUAGCAAGAAAAUAUCAUUGUAAAUAAAAACAUUUUCAUUAAUGUAAAUAUUGAGGCCUUCACUUGCCAGCAUUAUUUCAGUGUAGUAAUACAUAAGUCAUUUUAUUUAUAAAAUGUAUAUAUUAUGAUGUCAUUUUUAUGGUCACAAAUAUUUUUUUAAGUGUAAAUAUGAUUGAUAUUUCUGUUGAUUAACUGUAAAAAUAUGAUCAUAUUCUUGAGGCAGCCAUAUUUCUAUAUCUAUCGAGAAAAUACUUUUAGUUCCUAGAUAGUUCCUAAUCAUGUGUCCCAUUUUACACACAUAAAUCAUGUGAUAAAAGUCAGAAAUCUAUGUACUAUUGGGAUCAGUACAACAUCAUCAGCAAGAAAAUGUCAACUUAUGGUUGCUGUCCCCUUGCGGUAGAUUUUUAUCAGGGUGAGGGUGUCAAAAUAGAAAAAACUGUGGUCAAAUUCAAGUGGAAUUUGCCUGUGUAAAAAUUUAUAGUUGGAAUCAUAAACAAUUGUCACCUGAUACCACUUUUCUGACCUCCUAAUUGCGACUACAGCUAUCUCUGAACUAUCCUAUAAUCUGACACUGUUAUAAAAAAUAUGUCCCUGUUGAUGAUAAAACAUGAAAUUGGGUAACAUAAAUAUCAAACUCCAGGAAGUUAAUAGAAUUCUAUCUUUUUAAACUGUAUGCGUUUUGCCUACCAUUUAAUAACCUAUUCCAUUCAGCACUAUUGAUUUUUGUUACAGAGGUUUAGUUUUAGAGAUAUGAGAUGAAAUUCAUUUAAUGGGAAAAUCCUAUUUUUAUGAAUGUUGUUACAGGCUUAUUGGUGUUAAACUAUUAUAAAAGUACCAGAGCUGCUAUAAUACAAGGUAGUGCAGUACUAAUGAAACAGUUACUGUACUUUUGUAUGUUCUUGAUACUUUUAUGUUACAUAGUAUGAACCAAUAUUGAUAGACCUGAUGUAGGUAGCAAUCAGUUAUUCAUUUAGAUGUCACAGUUAUUUAUUUAUUUACAUGGUAAGUUUAGUUACAUGUGAUAAUUAUUUUGGUGCUUAUAUUUUUGUCAACUUCUCAGAUGAACUACUAAAAAGCCAGUCUAAUUUUUAUAUGAAUCAUUCAUUUAUAGUUUCCUCGUCUUUAAAUAAUGAAAUAAGAUGUUUGCAAAUAAUCAUUGACCUAGUUUAUAUAAAAUUUGACUAUAUUUUUUCAAAUUUUUUGUAUGAGUGAAAUUUUUUUUGUGUUUAAACUUCCAGCUGAUUAUUAAGUAACAUUUUAGGAUCAGUUUCAAAGAAAUUUUGUAGGUAUAUAUAUAUGUAUAAUUUUAUGUAGAUAUUGAUGUAGACAAGAGAAAUUUCCAUCUUUGUAUGUGAAAUGUUUCCGAUAAGAUACCUCACUUUGUAAUAUAGAAACGUAGUCAUAUGGAUGUUGGGUAGAUGGGUUUGAAAGUAAAGAAUAUCAGAAUACAAAAUGUAGCACGUGAUAGGACCGUGUUGGUAGGAAUUACUCUUAUGAUUGGAUUUAAAUUUACCAUCACUUUAGGUGUCAGUUUAGUUUUUAAAAAAAGAUGGUUAAAAUAUGCUGCCAUUCUAGCGUUAAACUUCAUUCAAAAUGCUUCAAAAUAUAUUUGACUAUAAAUUAUUAAUGUGUAUAAAAUGAGAAUUGUUUUGUUUAUUUUGUUGAAAAUCUACAUUUUGAAGGCCUUAUUUUCUUAUUGUGUCCCCUUUUUUUCCAAUCAUCUUCAUGUUAUUGGUAAUUCUAAUAUUUAUUUUGUUGAAAAUCUACAUUUUGAAGGCCUUAUUGUCUUAUUGUGUCCCCCUUUUUUCCAAUCAUCUUCAUGUUAUUGGUAAUUCUAAUAUUGUACUAUUAUAUGCCAGUCAGAAGGGUUGGGGUAACCAUUCUGUUCUGUUGAGAUGUGGAUGUUAUGAAUGAUGCUUUCUUUAAACCUUUUUCAAAGUUUUUUUAAAUAUUUUUUGGUGCACUUUUUUUAUGCAUUGUACAUUUUAUGCAAUUUGUUUUGUUUUAUUUUUUUUUUGCUUUAUAGUGUAACAAGAUGGUGCUUCUGUAUAUUUGCUUUUCACAAAAUUGAUUGUUAAUUCAGUACCCUGAAGUCAGGUUGUGUUUUGUAUAUAAUAUUGUCAUAUUCUAAGUUUUUAAAUCUGGACAUUAUGAUGCAAUUAAAAAUAAAUUUGUUGUUUUAGUGCUAAUCAAUAAUUAUAUAACUUGAAAACUGUCAUCUAAACUUAACCAGAUUUAGGUUUAUGAAAAAACUGUCAUCUAAACUUGACCAGAUUUUGGUUUACAAAAAUUGAAUUAAUUAAGAAGGCAAUUUCCCAACACAAGAUUUCAUGUUAGGUUGUUUACUGGUUUAUAUAGAGUAAGACAGGUUUUCAGUGAACAAAGUUUCGGCUGCCACAAAGAGGAAUUGAUGACUGAUGUCAGCCAAUCAAAAGUGGCUUUUCAUGUCAUAUUUCAUUAGAACUAAUGUUAUUGAUAAUGACUUUAUAUUGUUGUUUGGAAUUAACACUGUUAGCUUGUAUUUUACAAAAGUUAGAAAGAUUUAUCAUCAGUAAUAAUUUGUAGACUUUAUUAUGGUUGGUCAUGAGUUCUACUGUUUCUUACAUACCCGCCGAAUGUUUAUUAAACUCAUGUUGAAUUUUUUUCUAAUUUGAUUAAUUUCCCUGUUGUAAUAUAUUUAUAUGCCAUUGAUAAGUUCGGAAUGUAGACAAUGUAUGAUUUUAUGAUUGUUGUCCCUUUCAGACAAAUUAUACAUCAUUAAUUAAUCAGUUUUUUUCAGUUUUAGUCAUAAUGUAACUUAUAAUAUCUACCUCAAAAAUUUGAUCAGAAAAAAAAUGUCAUUCAAUUUUAAGAAAUUUAUCACUCAAACACUUUCAACUCGUUGAGAAUUACUUGUAAAGAGUCACAACGUAUGGUUUGUUGUGUCAGACAAAAGUCUUUAGUAACUGUUAUGUUUAAUUCUACUUUAGAAAUCGGAUUUACGAAAUGGAAAGGUCAUUUCUUUUUUAUGGACACAUUUUUUAAAAAGACAUGCACAUUAAAAGCUAGUCUCUUCUAUUUCAGCCAUUUGAAACUGUUUGAGUGAUAAUGUAUUUACCAUAUAAUUAUCAUAUGAAAUUAUAAAUUUUAAAUUUACAUAAUAAGUCCCAGAUUAUGACAUUUAUUAAUGAAUCAUAAAAUUCAGCUCUGUGUAGUUAUAGUAACAAUGACAGUUGUCUAGAUAUCAUCACAUUUAAAGGAUGUAACUUAGUCUACCUCCUUCAUUCUGUCCAUCAGGUUUUUUAUCUUACAUUUCUGUGACAGUUACCCCCAAGAAACUACAGAGCAAAUGCUUUAUUGUUAACCUGGUCCGAAGAGACUUUGUUGUCAAUCAUCUGUCAUUCAUCACCUGUCCAGGUGGAAGUUUGCUUUGAAACCACUAAGCUAAUUGGUACCAAAUUACCUAUAAAAUUUUCUUUAGGGUGUGUUGGUUCAAAAUUACAUCAAAUGGUGAUAAUGCAGACCAAGCACAUGGCUGACUUCUAAUUAAAACGAAGCAGGCGGUAAAAUUGGCAAAAUAAUAGUUUUUAUGGCUAUUUUUAAUGAGGGAAUUCUUCACCAGAGUUUUUUGUUUCAUAUACAUUCAUUUGUCUUGAAUAGAUAUACAAGUCACAAUUUUCUAGAUUUCUUCUGUGCUGGAUUGUCACAGUAUUUUAUUUUGAAUUAAGAUUAUUUUUCUAUUUUAGAUUUUCUAGGAAUAUAUUUGUAACUGUAUCAUUGUCUAAUUCAGAGUAAUUUCCUGUUGUACUAAACUUCAUUAUAUUACAUUUCUUUAUGAUUUAUACUUUUAGACCACUGCCAUUGAUUUGUACGGGUAACUAAUUACUUUUUGAUUUAUAUUCAUCACUUCUUACCUUACUUCUACCUAAUCAUGUCCAACUUAAGUAUUAUUUUCAGUCUGUAUUGCUAAGGUUAACAUCCUACCAAUGUUUUUACUUUAGAUGAUUUUUUACUUUACACCAGAAACCAUUCAUGUGUUAACCUGAUAACUUGUAAGUUGUAAAUUCUAUUUCAAUUUAUCAAGAGUUAUUAAAAAUUCAGAUUCUAAUAAUCAAAUUUGCUGAGGCAGAAUACUUUUUGAUUUGCUCUUUAUGGAAUAGAAAUCGAACUGCCCUGUAGCAGGAAAAAAAAUAGGUUUAACAUGAAUGGUUUCUGUAUAAAGUUUGUUUUAAAAAUGUUUAGUUCCAUACACAGGGUAAACUUAAUAUGCAAAUUAUUCAUGUGUUGUGGAAUCAUAUGUUACUGACUUUUGUGUAUAAACAAUGACUGUGGCUAAACCUCGUUCUGUAAUCAGCUAAAAAAAAAAACCAAUAGUUCUGGAUUUUUAAAGCUUUUUCCUUAAUUAUUACAAUUCUGUGGAUCUGAAGUACAUAUAAGUUAAAAUAUUGAAUGAGAUUAAAUUUAACAGAAGUUAACAAACUCUAAAGUAAUGAAAUUUUAACAAAGUUUCGAAAAAUUUGUAAAUUAUAGACUACAACUGUAUCAUUAAAUUUUAUACAAAUCGGAGAAAACCAUGAAUUGAAUGUAAUUAUGAUUAUAUAAGAGAAGGGUCAGAGGGGUCAUAGUCAUUGUUUCUAAUGAUAAACUCAUCAUUUUCACCAAAUUGAUAUUAUAAAUAUUUAUAUAUAGAGAUAUGACUCAUUUUCCAUUUAUUGCAUGGACUUAUGUCAUUGAAAAAUAAAAUGAUAUUCUUAAA